AUGUCGCAGAUCGUGCUCAACGGCAACGCUUCCUCGCAGACUUCGCUAGGCUACCCCAGGAAUGGGAACCAGAUAGAAGUGGCGAAACGUCUGACAAGCAGUGGGACUUUGACUGAUGACACUGAAGGCUCAGAAAGGAGGAUGUCAUCAUCCAUGCUUGAUAUCAGUUCACACACGCGAUUGAAAAGCUCGUACCAAAAGGCCAUCAAGCAGUAUCUCAACAGAGACUUUUGCACUGCUUGGAGAAGCGUGAUUGGUCUCAUUGACGAUAUAACACAGCCAGGCUCAGAAUUAUUCAAGCAUUCUCCUCGGCAAACGACACUGGAGGUCCAGAGCUUGAAAGUGAACAUAUUCAGACUGUACCUAUCACUUACAGACUUAUUGCUAAAGGAUCUUUCCAACUCCUCAGCAUCUACGGGGACCUUUCCGGCUGAAGUUGGGUCAUUCCCAGAUAUGUCAUUGGCUCAGAGACUCACAAUACGCGACACAUUCCUUAGAGGUGCCGUUUUCGACCAGAUGAUGGUGAUCUACAGCCACGACGUCCGUUCUGCAGACCCCGAUUUGGUGCUGAUGUGUUUUAUCAUCGAGAUCUCCAAUGGAAUAUCCCUAGGUCUGCUGAAAGAACAGGUGAGUAGCGUUUUGGAGGAGAAUCCGCUCCCAGUUCUGCCGGAAGGAGGGAGCGUGAAGAAGGACGAGGGCUUCGAACGGAUUUCGGAGUUUUACGUGAAACACAUUCUGGUCAAGCAGAACCAAGUAGACGAAGCCAGGACGUUUAUUGGUCAUAGAUACGCUUUAAACGAUACUCUGGCCGCCAAGGCAUUGGACGAUCUCGCAGAGGCUGUACGGUUACAGGCCGAAGAGGAGCGCAGCGCAAGUGAUCGCAAGAGGCAGGAAGAAAAACAGAGGAUGCACGCAAAGAAGCAGCAGCUGGAACAAGGUCGGAAGGAAGAAGAGCGAAGAAGGAGGCAGCACGAAGAACGAGCUCUCAAGGUUGAUAGAGAGCCCGAGGAAAAUAGACUAAACAACAAGAGACCGCAUCCGGAGGUGCACAGAACCGGCUUUGGCGCCCAUCUUUAUCUAUCCAUCAAAGAGGCGCUUUUUCCAGCGCAUCUGUCAAGCUCUGGACUCCUUGAAAGACUUGCGAGGCCGACGUUUGCUCUGGCCGUUCUGGUAUCGCUUUCAUUUUCGCUGAAAAACAUGGCCAGUACGCAACAAUGGAAGAGGAUGAUAGCACGACUACGUUUCCUACUAGUUCUUCUGCUUUUCAAGCUGAAAGAGGCAGCUUCAAUGGCCUUCAGUGUUACAUACAUCUAA